AUGAAUUUCCCGCGAUCUAUAUUGUUAUCGAUUUCUAUCUAUCUAUCUGUUCAUAUUUCUUUCUUUAAUAUCUUUCUUUUUUUCUAUCUAUCUAUCUAUCUAUCUAUCUAUCUAUCUAUCUAUCUAGUUCUUUCUUUCUUUUCUAUCUAUCUAUCUAUCUAUCUAUCUAUCUAUCUAUCUAUCUAUCUAUCUAUGACAGUCCCAACUGUCUGUGUUUCUGACUUUUCCUUCUUUUUCUAUCUAUCUAUCUAUCUAUCUAUCUAUCUAUCUAUCUAUCCCCUCCGGUCUGUCUCGUUUCUAUCUAUCUAUCUAUCUAUCUUCAUACGAAUCUAUAUAAGUUCAUAUCUGAGAAAAUUGUGUCUGUCUUUGUCUUCUAUCUAUCAUAUAUAUGCUAUAGAAAUCUAUCUAUCUAUCUACCUAUCUAUCUCAAGGGUUUCAUUACCUUCUAUCUGUUUAUCUAUCUGUCACAGACUAUCUAUCUAUCUAUCUAUCUAUCUAUCUAUCUAUCUAUCUCAAGGUGUUCAUUACCUUCUAUCUAUCUAUCUAUCUAUCUAUCUAUCUAUGUACGGUGUUCAUUAUCUAUCUCAAUCUGUUCAUUAUCUAUCUAUCUAUCUAUCUAUCUAUCUAUCUAUCUAUCUCAAGGUGUUCAUUAUCUAUCUAUCUGUUUAUCUAUCGGUCACAGACUAUCUAUCUAUCUAUCUAUCUAUCUAUCUAUCUAUCUAUCUAUCUAUCUAUCUCAAGGUGUUCAUUAUCUAUCUAUCUAUCUAUCUACCUAUCUAUCUCAAGGUGUUCAUUACCUUCUAUCUGUUUAUCUAUCUGUCACAGACUAUCUAUCUAUCUAUCUAUCUAUCUAUCUAUCUAUCUAUCUCAAGGUGUUCAUUACCUUCUAUCUAUCUAUCUAUCUAUCUAUCUAUCUAUCUAUCUAUGUAA